AUGUUCCCCUUCAAUUACCUCGAAUACUUCCUCGGUCGUCUCUUGUCUUCCAACCGAGGUCGAGACUCCAAAUUAUGGAUCAACGACAGGUCCUUGUUUGAAGAAGGGAUUCCACAAAACAUCACGGUGACCUGUCCAGAAAUAGGACCUUCCAAUUCCGUGAUGCCCGUGGAGUACAGUGCGUACGGAACAUCGAGAUUUCCGACACUCACCUGGAACAUCGACACGUCCAGCACCGGGGCGUCGAACGGAAUCGAGAAUCGAAUCAAGGAAUACGUUAUCCUGGUCGAAGACCCCGACGCCCCUCUGCCUCUGGUGCCGAAUCACGGGUUGUUCUAUGCCAUCCCGGCCACGAAGACUACCGUCACGGCGGACGAUGUUGUACUCGACACAAAACCAGCGGUGACAGCAUCGGUGGAAGGAGCAAAAUAUCUACGUGGUGGGUUCAGAUUGGGUAAGAACCUACGUGGGACAAUCUACGCGGGUCCCCGACCUCCUCUGGGGCACGGCCCUCACAGGUAUUUCUACCAGGUCAUCGCACUCGACCAAGCCCUCGACGUGGACGAGAUGAAGCCAGUGGCCACAAAGGCCGAAUUGGAGGUCGCCAUCAAGGGCAAAAUAGUCGGGUACGGUGUCUGGAUUGGCGUUUUUGAGAGAAAAUGGGAGUGA